AUGCAAUACAGACAACGGCUCGCUAGCAAUAGUGACAAUAUCUGGGAAAGUUACCAAAAGAUACAAAAUUCAGUUGAAUCCCUGAAACGAGAAGAUUUCGUUACGCUUCGAACACGAUUAUGGGAACAAAAGGCCUGGAGAGGAGAAGAACGAGUAGUGAAGGUGCUUGAGGAUAUGAAGCGAGCUGGUCAUACAUGGAGCGUGCUAGAAUAUAACGAGUACUUUGCUGCAAAAUUGUUUUUGGACGAACACAAGGAUAUCUUAAAGAUAUUUGAAGGAGAAUUUAUAGAAAACAAAAUCAAGAUGACUAUCGGAACCUUUAAUAUGAUCAUAGCUACCUACUUGCUUUGCGAUCAAAGAGAAAAGGCGAUUGAAUUGCUGGAAUCGAGUAAACAUUGGGGGGUUGUUGCUGAUAUAAGAGAUUUUGAACGUACAAUGCAUCGAUGCUUGCCAAUGAAUAAAGCAAUAGUAAAAGAGGCGACACAGUUGAUUGCUCAUCAUGGAAUUAAGGAUGCAGAAACUCUAAACGCGAAUUUAUUACAUUUAUUCAGAGACAAGCGAGUAGACAAAGUAAAGUGGUUGUUGAAUGAAUACAAGCAUGAAAAGGAUAUCAACAGUUACAACAUCAUUAUCAAAGGAUUAUCAGAGUCACGAAUGAAUAGAGAUGUGGUUAAAUAUUAUACAGAACUGAUAGAAAAGGAUAAACUUAAGCCCAAUGGAUAUAUUUGCUCCACAAUGUUGGAUAUUUUUGCACACUCAAGAGACAGUCUAUCUGCAGAGGAAGUGAUCAGACAGACAGUCUAUGGUGGACAUGAAAUAGAUGAGAUUAUAUAUAAUCAACUGAUCAAAGUAUACUUCAAAUCAAGAGAAACUAGAAAAGCACUUCUCGUGUUUCAAGAAUUACAGAGUCAUCCAAAAUUACAGAUCAAUGAAAUCAUAUUAAACACGAUGGUGAAUGGUCUCGUCAUCAAUAAUGAAUUACUGGCAGCGAGAAAGAUCUAUGAUGAAAUGAUAAGAUCCAACUUUAAGCCUGACAUUGUCACAUUCAAUACCAUGUUGAAGGGCUAUACGAUCACAAAGGACCUUACCUCUUCUCUCGACAUCAUCAAGGAUAUGUCUAGACUGAAUAUAGAACCAGAUAUUGUCACAUUUACAACGUUUAUAAACACAAUAUUCGAAACAAGAGAGCCCAGGAGUGCUCAAGAUAUGAUCACAUAUCUCAACAAGAUAGGAAUUCAACCCAACAUUUACACAUUUAACUCGAUUAUUAAUCAAUGGAUAAAGAAGAAGAACAUCAAGGAAGCUGAGCGUACAUUGGAUAUCAUGUUGGAAGACUAUAAAGAAUUAAAACCAACCGUACAUACCUUUACUAAUCUGAUCCAAGGAUACACAGAAGAAAUGAAUUUGUUAAAGGCAAUGAAGACAUUUCAACUUAUUUUAAAGAAUGGACUUGAACCUGAUAAAGCGACUUUUACUUUUAUGAUUGUUGGAUUUUUGAAUUAUAAUCGAGUGGAUGACGCUUAUAACUGUUUGAACAGAAUGUUAAAAAUGAAUCUGUUACCUACAAAGGACACUUGGUUAGUCGUAUUUAAUCAUUGUUAUAGAUCAAAAGACAGAAAUACUGGUAAAAGAGUAUUAGAUUUAUUCCAUUCAAGUGGAUUUAAUAUAAAGAGUGAUGCCCUUGAAAGGUCUUAUAAUAAAUUAAAGUCUCUUUGUUCAUAA